AUGAGCAAGCUACAACUCUUUGCGUACACAGACAUGAAGGGAGACUCUGUGAGUUUAGACAAUGAUAUACCUAAUCUAGCCUCAGUUGGAUUUCUGAAAAGGGCCAAGUCUCUCAGAGUACAUGGAGAUCCCUGGGUUGUGUUUUCUGAUAAAAACUACAAGGGAGAAUUUAAGAUCUACAAAGAAGGUGACUACAAUUCAAUUCCAGACUUUGAGGACAUGAUCUGCUCAGUGAGAGUUGUGAACGGUGGUCUUUACGAUCCACAGAUCACAGUUUAUGAGCAUAUCAACUAUGGUGGCCGGAGCCUUAUUCUGACAAAAAAUGUGGAAGAUUUAUCGUCUUAUGAAAUGAGCAACAUGGUUUCAUCUCACAAAGUGCAGAAUGGAGUCUGGAUCCUCUACGACAAGAAACAUUUCCAAGGUUCCAAGAUGGUGGCCUUGGCUGGAGAUGCUGUCCCUAACUACAAAGAUAUUGGCUGGAAUGAUAAAGUAAAUUCUCUGAAAUUCUUCUCACCAUUAGACUCAGAGUGA